AUGCCGAAAGAACGCUCGAUAAACCCCGCCGCUGCCCAUCUAAAGUCUGAAAAAGCCAAGGCACUCGCAAAGUCUCGAGGCUUGCGACAGCAGCAGCGACAAGAGAAAUUUGCGCGUCGUAACCCGGACCGUCUACAGCGACAGAUCGAUGAGUUAAAGGACAAGGAAACAAAGGGGUUGGCGUUGUCAUCCCAUGAGAAGAAAACUUUGGAAGAGCUAGAAAGGGAUGUUAAGGCUGUGAAAAAGGCGAGAGAGGCUCUCGGGGUUCCUCAAGAGCAGGAGCGAGGGCAGCGGGGAGAUAGGGGGAGAGGCGAACGAGGAAGAGGGAGUUUCCGAGGUCGGGGCAGUGGUAGGGGUGGGUUUAAUGGGGGACAGAGCCGUCAGAGAGGGGCGGAUGGGGAUGGAGAGGAUUCUGAUUCAUCUACUGUUUCCUCAGUUGCCGAUAUACCUUUGCCGACCGGGCCGCCUCCAUUAAAACAGUUGCAAAUCGGGAGGAAAGAAGUUGAACCGCUGCCUGCACAUCUUACAGGACUACCGUCGAAGCCGGGCGCGACAGGAACGAAAACAGGAGCGCCGAAGGUCACCCAACCGGUCGUAACAACAUACUCCUCCGCCCCGGUCAUGAGAGACUUGAGAAAGGAGGCGACGGUGUUUAUGCCUGCUGCCGUUAAGAAGCAAAAGAAAAUUGCAGAUGCUAUUGAGAAAAUCAAAAAAGACGCUGAGGAUUUGAAUAUCGAGGACGAAUAA